CUCGAACAAUAGCUCUUAUUGUCUCUCUCGCCUCUCUCUCUCUCUCUAAAAACCCUCAAACAAAUCCCGCUUGCUGAAGAAAACACAACUUGAGGUUUUAUGCUUUAUGGAUUUCUGUUUAGUGUUGGGGUUUCGUUUAAUUAUUGGGAUUUCAUGUCAAGGUCAAGUCUUUAAUUCUUGAAUUAUGAAAAAUUGAUCCAGAAAUCUUGAUUAUGGAAGAUGAGCGAGGUGCAGGGGGUCAUGAUGGCGGCCCGGACCCGGGUUUGAGUACUAAAUUGGCUGUGGAAAACAUGGGUAGUGAAACUCAAGCUGCAGAAGUUUUUGGGGACGAAGAUGGUGAGGAAAUAAUGGUGGAGGUUGUGGGUUCGGAUGUUUUUGUAGAUGGAAUUAGUGGCAGCGGAGAGGGUGAUGUAGAGAUGGGAGAAGCCGGGGACUUGGAGGUUGGCGUGGUUGACAAAAACGAGGAAUUUGCGAAGGUUUCAAUUGAAGGGGAUGGGAAGAAGAUGGGGAAAGGUGGUGUGGUGGAGGAAAAGAAAGAAACUGCUGAAGGUGAUUUGGGGGUUUCUAAGUCGAGGGAUGAAAAAUGUGGUGCUACUGAGAAAAUAAACAUCAAUUUGAGUGAUUUUGUUGGUGUUGAGAUGAAAAAAGUUAGUGCAUUGCUGGGAGGAGGGGUUAGUAGUGUCAAGGACGAGGAGAGUUCAAGGAUUAAAAAACCAGGAGGGUCUUCAUUAGUGGUUAGUGAGGUUCCUGCAGAAGUUUCUAUGGAGAUUUGUAAAGAGGAGAAUACAAAGGAUGAAAUGGUUGAUAAGGAGAGUUCUGAGGAAGUGAGGCUUCGAUCUUUAAACCGUCCCGUGGAAGCUAUUUCUGAUGAAAAAUCUGAACUUCCCACUGGUGAUGAUUCUGCUAGUCAAGACCAUGUUGCUGCAGAUUCAGUGAAGUCUGAAGGGCAAACUGAAGAAACAUGUCAUGGUAAUGAUGGGGCAAUUUUAGGCUCGGAUGGUCAGAAAGAUGGGGAAACGCAUCAUGAUGAUUCGGGCGUGGAGGAAAAAUCUAUUGGUGAGAAAGAUGUUUGUGCUGCUGAAAACAGGAACUCGGUUCCUGAAAUGGAUGACAUAGUCUCAGAGGUUCCAGAUGAGAGUGAAAAGAGAUCGGACGAAAUUUGUGGUGCUAAGGUUGAGCUGAAAGAUCAAACUGAUGAUAUUUCUCAUGCUGGUCCAGAAUCCAUUCAUAAGAGUACUUUUGAGAGUCGGGCAGGAGAAACUGAAGGUAAGGAUGAUUUAGAAACACAUAAAGCUCAAAACGAUGUUUCCUCUGUCACACCUAUUGAACUUGCGGAUGGAGGUGAUACUACUGAAGCCAACAAAGGGAGAUGCCUCGAUGUUGAAAUUAAAGAUGAGGCAGAGGAAACCGUGCAAAGUAAGACGGGGGCAGAAACAGGUGAUCAGAAUGUUGUGAUGUCUCCCGUGAAAGCUGUGGAUGGGAUUGGAUCUGAAGGAGAAGGCAAGGAGAUUGAUUCAGAAAAUUUGGGGAAGUCAGUAGCUGGCCAUGAAGAUUCUAAAAUUCCUUCAAAAAAAGAUGUACAUGGAGACGUUGUGGACGAGGGCAUGGAGGUUGGUUCAGAAAUUUUAGGGGGAUCCUCAACUGGGCACGGAGGUGCUGAAAUUCCUGCCGAAGAAGGUGCAAAUGCAAAGGUCGAGACUGCUGAUGUGAUGGUGACUGAAGGGCUUGUAACAGAAGUAUCAAAUCCUGAGGCUGAGAAUACGAUUAUGGAGCAAAGUGAAGUGACUGAUGUGGCAGCUGAUUCUGGUAUUGCUCAAGUCUCCAUCGUUCCAGAGGGAACUGGGAGUGCAGAAAUGCUUAGCGAAUCUAAUGGAUUUCAUUUGAUGGAGGCCCCUGAGGAUCAUAUGUCCGAGGCAAAACCUAUGGAUGUUGAUGAUGGGCGGGAGGUCGAUGCAGAAUUAGCAUCCGAGGGAUCCCUUUUGGAGAGUGAUAAAUCUAAGAUAUCAACUGAAGCACUGUUCAAUUAUGCGGGCGCGUUGAGGAUGAAGCAAUUUGGUUACUUGAUGCCCCCAGGAAAAGACGGUUGUUUUGCCCCGUCUGAUUUGGUCUGGGGUAAAGUCCGCAGCCAUCCGUGGUGGCCAGGACAAAUAUUCAAUUCAGCAGAUGCCUCAGAGAAGGCCGUUAAGUAUCACAAGAAAGACUCUUACUUGGUAGCGUAUUUUGGCGAUCAAACGUUUGCUUGGAACGAUUCGUCUGCCUUGAAGCCUUUCAGGUCGUAUUUUUCCCAGAUUCAGAAGCAAAGCAAUUCCGAAUCAUUCCAUAAUGCAGUCGGCUGCGCCUUGGAAGAGAUUGAGAGACGAGUACAACUAGGGUUGUCGUGCUCUUGCACACCGAAGGAUGAACAUGCUAGGAUUGAAACUCAGGUUGUGGAGAACACGGGGAUACGUGAAGAAUCAAGCCUGAGACAUGGCGUGGAUCAGUCGAGCUGUGCAUCUCAAUUUGAACCCAAGGAACUUAUUGAGUUUAUCAAAGGUGUGGCGCCACGUGCAUCUUCUGGAGCUGAUGGACUGGACCUUGUGAUUGCUCGAGCGCAGCUAUCUGCGUUUUGUUGUUUUAAGGGGUAUCGUUCACCGCCUGAAUUGUUUCAGGAAAACCAUUCCUCGCCUGAAUUUCCCGCAUCCAAUGAAUUACUCGAGAUAGAUGACCUAAUAGGUGACGGAAUAGCUGCUUCCCGCAAACACAGAACAAAGGAAGGUGCUCAGUCGCGGAAAGAGAGAAGCUUGAAUGAUCUAAUGGGCGACGGGGAAUACUGGCCAGAUGCUGAAGACGAUCCAGUCGCUGGAAAGAAACGGAAAGCUCUUGAUCCUCUAGCAGAAGGGUCGGACAAAAGGGUAGCAAAAGUGCCCACACCAACAAGUCAAGCUCCGAAGCCUUCCUUUAAAAUUGGUGAUUGUAUACGUAGAGUAGCCAGCCAGCUAACGGCAGUUGAUGAUUCUCCGAGUGUAUAUGAGCCUUCGGAAAAGCAAGGUGUUGUGGUUUCAGUGGAAUCUUUAUCGGUGAACGAGUUGCUAUCUCGACUUGAGCUGGUGGCGGAAGAUCCUAAGAGAAGGCCUGGCAUCCAGACCGAUAUCCGUGCUUUCUUCAUGCGUUUUAGAAGCUCGAUUGCUUUAAGCAGAAGAGGUAGAAAGAAAAGAUCCGAGCAAGCAGUCGGAGGAUCUGGUGAGGAAUUUGAAUUUGAUGAUGUGAACGACUCUUAUUGGACCGACAGAAUCGUGCAAAAUUACUCAGCUGAGCAACUGAUGCACGAACGAAUGAACGGAUCUGGGAAUCUCGAGCUAGUGACGUUUGGCGCGGAGAAACCUGCAAAGCCGGGCCGCAAACCUUACUCCAGAAAGAGAUUCUCCCUUGGGAACUCGCCGACUUCAGCCCCCGAACCUGAUGAGAGUGCCAAAAGGAUUAAGCAAGAGACAUCUCCAGCAGAGCUUAUAUUGAACUUUGCAGAAAGGAACCGUGUCCCUUCGGAAAUCAAUCUAAACAAAAUGUUUAGACGUUUCGGGCCGUUGAUGGAGUCAGAGACGGAAGUUGACCAUGAAGCCGGCUCUGCCAAAGUGAUCUUUAAGCGGGGCUCGGAUGCUGAAGUUGCUCGCAACAGUGCUGAAAAGUUCAACAUAUUCGGACCGGUUCUCGUUAAUUACGAGAUAGGCUACUCGCCCGUGAUCUCAGUACGAAUUUCACCAGUUACAAUUUCCCUGCCGCAGGAAGAGGCAGCUAUCGCUCUAUAGAUUGGAAGUAUGAAUUUUUGGCUUGUUUAUGCAUUAGCUAUACCACUAUACAUUUCAGGGAGCGUAUAUUAAAUUGAGAACGAGUAUUAAUGAUCAUUUGACGAUUUUGGGGAGCGAUUGUUUUGGAGUCGAGAACAAAUAUUAAGCAUUUUAAGGAUUACAUGAUUUAGGGAGCGUUUGUGUAAGGUAUAUAUUAGAUAAGAGAACAAAUAUGAUUGAACAUUUGGAAGGAUUAGACGAUCAAACCGGCUCAAGAAUGGUGAUUGUUAUCUAAUGUCUGUUGCUCGGGUUUAGGGCUUACUAUGAUUGCUGAGACUUUGCCAUGAACAAAGCUUACCUCUUUUGCAUCU